AACGAAGUGUGUUGUGUCGGCAGUAGCUCAGAUCUCGGCACUUUGAACGGAGCAUCAGCGCUUGGUCAGUGUGCUGAGAGUUGAGCCAGACUCUACGUUGAUAACCCCGGAGAGACCCCCGGGUCCGCGGCGUUCGUUCCGGGAUAGGAAGAGAUCUUGGGAGCUUCCCACCAAGUUCAGGAAGUCAAGCCGGUGAAGAAGUGAACAAAUUGGCGCUGCAGAAAUUAGCAUUGUGUUCGAACAGAAAAUAGGUAGUGUGAAUCCGGAGUGUGUUGAGUAACCUCCGUACCGCUGUGAGCUGUGUUUGGCGGCGCGGAUUUCUCUUUUGAGCCGACGAUAUGACCAGCACAACAAUGCAAACCGUAAUCAAAAAUCCCAGCUGGUGGAGACGCAGAACGGCACUGGAGAAGGCGCUCACGCUCGUCAGCAUCGUCUGCGGAAUCGCCGUCGUGGCCCUGCUUGUCUCGCUGCUGUCGGUGCUGCUCAGCGAUCGGAUACAGGAACCGGACAACAACGGUUCAUCGCAGUCACCGCUGGCCCUAACCGGUUCCUCCCGGCGGGGCAAAAAACUCUUCUCAGGCGACGUCAAGGGGUCCGACAAUCUGUGCCUCACGCCAGGAUGCAUCCAUUCCGCGUCCAAGGCGCUGGACCAGAUGGACACCAGCGUGGAACCGUGCGACGACUUCUACAACUACGCCUGCGGCAAGUUCGUCCAGGAGACCAACAUCCCGGACGAGAAGGUGUCGGUGAACACGUUCUCGGUGAUCGGUGACCGGCUGCAGGAGCAGCUGCGCUCGCUGGUCAGCGAGGAGAUCGGCGAGAACGAGGGAACCCCGUUCAAGCUGGCCAAGAACCUGUUCAAGCUGUGCAUGAACAAGACCCGCAUCGAGGAGAAGGGCAUCCAGCCGCUGCUGGACAUUUUGGACCGUCUCGGAGGAUGGCCGGUGCUGAAGGGCGACUCGUGGAACCAGGACUCUUCGUGGACCUGGGUCAAGUCGGUCAAGGAUUUCCGCGAGCAGGGCUACAGCACGGAUUACUUCUUUGAUUUCUCCGUUGGUACCGACCUGAAGAACUCCACCCGUCGGAUCAUUGAUACCGACCAAGCUGCGCUGGGAAUCAGCCGUGAAUAUCUAGUCAAGGGCUUCGACAGCCCCAUCGUGUCCGCGUACUACAGCUACAUGGUGGACAUGGCCGUGCUGCUGGGUGCCGACGAGGAACGCGCCAAGCGUGAGCUGAAGGAUUCCCUCAACUUUGAGAUUGCCCUGGCCAACAUCUCGCUCCCGAACGAGAAGCGCCGCAACGCCACUGCCCUGUACAACCCGAUGAGCGUGAAGGACUUCCAGCACAAGUACCCGUACACCAACUGGGUCGAGUACUUCAACGUGAUCUUGAAGGACACUGGGAUCGCGAUCGAUGAGAAUGAGGUUAUUAUUGUGAGCGUGCCGGCGUUCAUGGAACAGCUGGGUCCGCUGCUGCAGAACACGCCGAAGCGAACCAUGGCCAACUACGUGAUGUGGCGCAUCAGCGGAUUUUCGUCCUUCUUCCUGACCGAAAAGCUGCGCAAACGACAGCUGCAGUACAGCACGGCACUGAGCGGCAAGCAGGAGCAGGAACCUCGCUGGAAGGAAUGCGUCGACAUCACCUCGGGCAGUCUGCCGAUCUCGGUCGGUUCGCUGUACAUCCGCAAGUACUUCCGCGAGGAGUCCAAGCGUGCCGCCCUGGACAUGGUCAACGACAUCAAGGCGGUGUUUGUGGGCAUCCUGAAGAAGGUCGACUGGAUGGACGAAAUUACGCGCAAGUCGGCGCUUGAGAAGGUCGACUCGAUGGUUACGCACAUUGGCUAUCCGGACGAGCUGAUGGACAACACCAAGAUCGCCGAGUACUACAAGGAUCUGCAGUUCAAGCCGGAAGAUAACUACCUGAACACGAUCCUGUACAUGAACCAGUUCGGAACUACGAAGGCGUUCAAAAAGCUGCGCCAGCCGGUCAACAAGACCGACUGGAUCACCCACUCCAGACCAGCGGUCGUCAACGCGUUCUACUCCUCGAUUGAGAACAGUAUUCAAUUCCCUGCCGGUAUCCUCCAGGGUCAGUUCUUCUCGUACGAACGGCCAAAGUAUAUGAACUACGGCGCAAUCGGAUUCGUCAUUGGGCACGAGAUCACCCACGGCUUCGAUGACCAGGGCCGUCAGUUUGACAAGAACGGAAACCUCGUCGACUGGUGGCAAGAGGACACCAAGACGGCCUACCUGGAAAAGGCCCGCUGCAUCAUCGAGCAGUACGGCAACUUCACCGAGCCAAACGUUAAGCUCAAUCUCAACGGAAUCAACACCCAGGGCGAGAACAUUGCCGACAACGGGGGCAUCAAGGAGGCGUACUACGCGUACAGAAAGUGGGCCGAAAAGAAUGGACCCGAGCCACGACUGCCCGGCCUCGACCUGAGUCCCGAGCAAAUGUUCUGGCUGUCCGCCGCCCAAACCUGGUGCUCGGUGUACCGGCCAGAAACGAUGAAGAUGCGCAUCACGACCGGCGUCCACUCGCCCGGCCAGUUCCGAGUGCUCGGACCGAUGAGCAACAUGGUGGAGUUUGCGAAAGAUUUCAACUGCCCGGCCGGCUCGCCCAUGAACCCAACGCAAAAGUGUGAAGUCUGGUAGAGCCCCAACUUCCCCUUACAACACACACAAACAAAAAGCGAGACUAUCCCCGUGCUUAUUCUGUUAGUUUUUGUCUGUUUCCGUUUUCAACUAUUGUCGUCCCCGUUGUUUUCUUUUUCACACGCGUGAUACUAGUAGAAACUCUCAGUCAUUUACUUGUUACAAGUACUUAUAAAUUCUACUAAAAGGGGGUUCGAUACUUCCUGCGGAAAAAAAUGACCUUCUUACUUAAGAAAAACUACUUAACUACUUACCCCGAGAAAAAAGAAACACAAAAAAAAUAAUUUAUUCCUACUGAAUAUGGCAACUGAUUUAAAAGUUGGGCUAAAAUACAAAACAAAAUCAUUAUAUGACAAAAAAAACACACACGUUAAAAAUCAACGUUUGUGAGUAGUAGGUAGAGAUGUGCUGACUUCUUCAUUGUUGGAGAAAUUUUUGGGACAGCAGCGCUGCAACGUUAAUCAACAUACAAAAAUCACACUACAAAAUAUUCUGCACUCUGUCGUACAUAUGGAUGUUGCGAGUUAUGCGCGCAGCGGCGAUCAUCGAUGUCAUAAUUUUAUGCUACAUUAGCCAUAGAAAACAUAAACAAAAAUCCACAUUGUUUGUAUUUUUGUAUAAGCGUAAUGUUUUAAUAUGAUAGUGU